AUGUCCGUGGUUCAAGAACAGUGGAGUCUUUCUCGAUACGCAAGGGGUGCAGGCUACAUCACAAACUAUGUAUUGAUUUUAGUGUCUUUGAUGACGAUAACGGCCAUAAGCGUGGACAGACUUCUCGCCCUGUUGUUGGGACUGAGAUACAAACAAAUUGUAACUUUGAAGCGCACGUAUACCAUUGUAGCUAACUUUUGGGUUUCCACCCUUUUUGCCUUUUUAAGUGUAAUUUUUAUCUCCUUAUAAUCUUUUUGUACAGCUGCCUAGUUAUAUCAGUUUGCCUGUUAAUAUCAUUUGCAUCGUACACAAAGAUUUUUUACACUCUCAGAUAUCAUCAAGCACAAGUACGAGAUACUCUUAGUCGUCAUAUGUAAAGUAGCAGUUAUUUUGCUCUACUUUAACUCCAGGUUAAACCCGUUCCUGUACUGCUGGAAGAUUAGUGAAGUGAGACAAGCAAUGAAGCAGACAAUUAAAGAAACACUUUGCUGAGUCAGGUCUUCCUCGAGUUCUUCAGACUUUUCAAGCAGACUUAUUAAGUCACGAAUAUAUUUGAAGAGCAGCCGUUAGAUAAGUUAUUGGAUAAAAACAAAUAAGUGGCUCAAUAGAAUAGUUGCACAGGCUAUUGUCGAUUGUCUUUAAAUCUCUGAGAACAAAUUAGGUGACCCUAGCUACCCUGUCUAAAGCCGAUGCUGGGUGUUACGAGAAAACUAUUUCAACUAGUCUUCCUAUGAUUAAAACAAAGCGCCCGACGUUGAUGUUGACGCCAUAUUGCCAAAAGUGACGGUCCGGUUUUAGUCUUGAAUUUGUUUUGUCUUCAGAAAAAUAUCCGUAAAGCUUAUGUCAAGAAGUUUUCGCUACUUGUAUAUUUAACUGAAGGUUACGAAAGUACCGGGGGUAUAUGAAAUAAAAUUGACGAUCUCUUUUUGUUACAGAAUUUUUUUACAGAUCGAUCGAUGUUCUGAAAUUAUAUUGGCAACCGCGAAAAACAAGUUUCGCAUCAUUUGUAUAGAGGUCAACAUAUGUUCAGUUUGUCCCUGGUGUAUCUUUAGGUUGUCUCUGAGUUUUACGGAUUUUAUAUCCUCCAUUUCCGAGCGAUUAACUGCUGCCCCUAAGUUCCACAAUUUUUUUUUUACUAAGUCGUUUUCAAAGCUUUUGUAUAAGCUCAGAAUUUGUUUCAAUAUCAUACCAUCUAAUUAUCGCCCUAAAAAAGACAUGGUUAUUUCACCCAUAAAAGAAGUGAUAAAUUAGAUCUUUUAAGACCUAGGAGUCCCAUAUCGUAUUUUAUUGUUUUUUUAGAGGGCACGGUAACGAAUCUUGCAAUCUGAUUGGUUCUUUACCCGGUCAGUAUUUUCCUAUCUCUGCCCACGGGCCACGGUAACGCUUUCGUGAGUCGCCGAGUACAUCCCAACUUUCGUUGUCAUUUUUCAUAAAUAUACCUCGUUUUCCGGCUGGGCAGUACUUUUAAGCAAACACGUCGGUCACUACCUCAAGCCGAUAAAUAACUUAUGAAUCCUCUCUUUUCUCUCUAUCAAAUCACUUUGGUUGACAGAAAAAUAUUGGUUUCAGAAUGAAUUUGUAUAAACAAUAGUGUCAUUACGUUGGUGACAAGCGGCCUAAAAACCGUCUGCAAUUAAUUUUAAUCGUUCCCAAAAAGUACCCAGAAAGUUGAAACGUGAGGUAUUUGGUUACAGUUAAACUGAACGAUGGAACUUUCAUUCAUUUAAUAUCUGAAUUUUCUCGAGCAAUUUGUUCAUAGUGAAAGAGCGAGCGAAGUUUUAAUUUAAGUUCUACAACAAAUAUACGCUCCUGGUGAGUCUUUCCAAUUCCGUUCAAUUUGGACAUUUGUACCUUAAAUUGCACAACAGAAAUUAAAGGAAUUUUUUGAGAAAAGGCCGCAUUAUAUUACCUUGUGUCUCGUUGGAGUAUGCCGUUCGAAUUUAGUUUUUGUGAAGGAAAGAUCAGAGUUAAACACGCCAUUACAGCAAACAAACGAGCAAACUCUCACAACUUCAAAAUAAAAAAAUUGAAUUUACUCGCAAUUACUUUCCUCGCCGUUUACUUAAUGAACAGAGGUAAAUCUUCGUACAUGAAUGAAUGGUCGAUGAGAGUGAAUAAUAGUUUCCGUUAGAUCAUUAACUGAUUUUGAAGAAAACAUUGUCGUGACAGUCCUUGCCAAACUAGUUCUGUUUGUUUUCAAAUGUUCCUACGCUUUUUUUUUUCUUGCGCGCUCUCUAAUUGACAGGCGUCAGAUUGUGACAGACAAUUGUAAAAAUAAUGUUUCAAAGUUUGUUUGGAAGCCUUUUAAAUCACCUUUAUCGUUACGGAAAUGAAAAUGUUGCUGAGGCAUCUCUCUUAAAUUUGCAUCACCUCUAUUUUAACCACCAUUUACCCACUCAAAAAUUGUUCAGUUUAUGGAAGAUCUUGCCGUAUUUACGUCCAUAAAUCAUUCGGGUUCUUUCGGAAAGAAUUUCGUCAAGUUUAAAAACAAUAAAUAUGUUAUUUACCGGCUAAGGGUCGGUCCGUAUGGUGAAAAACUGUGACCUCGGUCUUGAAAAUGCUGCCCUCGGCCUACGGCCUCGGGCAGUAUUUUCAAGACCUCGGUCACAGUUUUUCACCAUACGGACCUCCCAGCCGGCAAAUAACAUAUAUGUAAAACAAAAAAUAUAGCCCAUGUCUUUGUGUUUGCCGAGGGAAUUCAUUUUCAGUGCUGAUUUGAAAUUAAACUGAAACUUUAUUAACUGAAAUCAACAGCUGGUUGCGACAAACAUGUUCUUGUAUAAUUAUCAAGGUACUGAAUUACCAUAGAGGAUCAGAGAGUAAUUAUGUUGCAAAAACGAAAUUUUUUCUAACUUUAAACGAGGCGGCGCGUCUAUGAUGGCUAACUAAUUUUUCCUAAUCUUUGACCGGGUAGUUUUAACAAUUGCUUCGCGCGUCAGUGAGCGGUCAUUAAUAUACGAUACACACAGGAAGUUUGGAGAGCUUGAAAGAUACGCGGGAGUUACUUAACAGGCAACUAAGAGUGACCAUAGGUUCAUAAAUAAUAAAUGCUGUUUAUGUAAGUUUAACAAGGAGUAGUUUUCAACUAGACUUCGUCUCGGGAAUUAUUCAACAAUAAUAUUAUUUACUUCAUCUUCGCCAAAUAAUCGUUAAAUAUUUUUAUCGAGUUUUGAUAGUUUUUAAGUAUCCAUUCCUUCAUUUUCCUUCUCGAUCGAUAGAUUAUCAUGUUCACUUUAGCACAGUCAUAUAACUCUGGUUAUCGGAGGAGAACUGCUAAUCGCUCUGGGGAAUUCCGACAUGAAGAAUUCAGUCACUGCUGUAUACAUGAAAGCGUUGGCAGAGAAACAUUUAGGCGAACUUUAUCAUAUAAUUUUCCGGGAAAAUCACUUUGAAAUUUUUGGCGAAAGGAGGAGAACAAAUAGAGAAUGUAAAAGAAACAGCAAAAAAUUGUUCAAAAAAUGUAAUUUCUUGCUUUUCUUCUGUUUUAUUUCUCGUUUUGUCCGAGACGAAACGGAGGUAAAAGGCCACAAAAUUUGACUAAUUAAGUUUGCAUCUGUGGCCAUGGCUUAACCUUAUUUUCGCAAAUGAUAUGGACAUUUGAUUGACACCCAACAUCGAUGAAACUAGCCUUCAAAUUCAGAAUUUACUACGGUACAGAGAUAAUGUUUGCACUUAAUUACCGGCCCAAAAUAAUGACAGUAUAUUUAGAUAUACCGCUUAAACCGCUUAUGCUGUCAUUCAAAUUAAAACUGACAAAAGAGAGUUUCCCUAUCAUGUCGUCAAUCGAAAAUUUUACCGAUGUCUGUGCGCUUGCCAAAGGAAUUAACUUUUAAUGCUAAUUUGAAGUUAAAUUAAACUUAAACUACUGGAAUAAACAGCUGCUUGCGAAAAAUAUACGCUUGUUUAGUUUUUAAGCUGUCGUCGCCACAGUGAAUUAUCAAAGAGGAUUAGAAGGAAGCUUCCUGAGAAACAAUUACUCCUCUUAAAGAAACUGAUGUAAUGAUGGCAUUUUUCAGUGAUUAAAUCACGUUUUAAGAAUGUUUAGUAACUAUAUCUGCACUUGUAAGAAAAAUUGUAAAUCGAAAAUGAAAAUAUAAAGUUUGAACAUGAAAAUUGGCAUCAAACGAAAAAUAAAUGAAUACUUUGGUACCCGAUGGAACUCUGGGAUUAAAAUGAUACCGAGCGCGUAGGGCCAUCAUGGCUGAUGGAAAACAAUAGUUUCUCCGCCUCCUCUAUUUUCAGUUAGCGCCCAUUUCUCUUAUCUUGUUGACCAAAGCGAUGAAGAAAGGAAAUUACAUCAUGGGACGAAAUAGGCGAAAUAAGCAAAACAGUUUUUGUUAAAAAAAAUCAUCAUAACUUUCCUGACGAAAGUGAAAAAGCUGGUAGAGAACGAGUUUGAAAAAAUCGUUGGAGCGCGGCACAACAUCUUGUCACGGUUUUGUUUUUAAUAUCAGUCCGGUGACGAAAAAUGGAAAGAAAAAGCCAGUCAUUAUAAUUGAUUCAAACAUUUAAAAAUACUUUUGCAUCUGUGACCAAAAUUUUAAUUUGUAUUGUUUGAUGUAUUCGCAAAUUGUCUCAAAUCCAACUUUUCUAAGACGAAGUAAAAUCGCCAGCUUGAAAUUUUCAUUUCUAAUUUUUCAUGGCUACUAAUGAUACAAGUCUGAAAUUCACACGAAUGAUAUGAACACCAGGUUAACACCCCUAUCAUUGAAAGUUGAUCCAGGUAAAAGAAGAUCGUUCGUCAUUCUUUUAAAAGAAUGAUACACAGACGUCUCUCCAUUUUCUACUUGUUGCCAUUUCAUACCUGAGGCACUUCAAAGGUUUAAUUAUUGGACGCAACUGUCAAUUUCCUGAAGUAUGAGGUACGUGUAUAAAUAUCAUUAACUGAAGUAUGAGGUGUCAUUGAUCGUGGCUGGAUGUGGGCUGUUUAGACGAUAUAUUACUCCUUGCAAUCUUAGAAAACCUACAAAAAAUUUCAGAAGAGUUGGAACACAGACGGAAACAAUUGAAGAACUGCUAUGCUCUCCCUCUUUAGUGGGCGGGCAUCAAGCAGCAUCAGUUUCAUACAUGGGGCAUGCCACAGCUGCAAAUUUCUGACGCAUUUUAAAUGAUUAAACGCGAGGGAGGUAGUCUUUAUGUGUUAUUAAAGGAAGGUUUCAGUUAGAAGAAAUAUUUCUCGUCGAAACAGAUGCAGAAUUAUGUCGACAACAAAGUUCACCAGAGGUGGAACACUGACAAAAACAAUUGAAGAACUGGUAUGCUCCCCCUCUUUGGUGGGUGGGCUUCAACCAGCAUCUUUCGCAACAGUCAACAUUCUCCUCUCCAUCACAACAUUUCUUGGCAAUUCUCUUAUAAUUGUUGCCCUUAACAAGGAAUCUGCCCUCCAUGCGCCGUCCAAACUUUUGUAUCGCUGUCUGGCAACAACUGAUCUGUUGGUUGGUCUUGCUGCUCAGCCUCUCUACGUUACCUACUGGAUGUCCGUGGUUCACGAACACUGGACUCUUUGUCAUUACGCAGUGAGAGCAACCUACAUCAUAGGCUCAGCAUUAUGUGGAGUUUCUCUGUUGACGAUGGCGGCAAUAAGCGUGGACAGACUUCUCGCCCUGUUGUCGGGGCUGAGAUACAAAGAGAUUGUAACUUUGAAGAGUGUUUAUAUUAUUAUAGCUAGCUUUUGGGUUUUAUGUCUGGUCGCCUCUUUAUGCACCAUUUUCGAUCAGCGUAUAACCGCUUUGUAUACUCGCAUAUUGAUACCACUUUCGCUGCUUAUUUCACUCGUCUCGUACACAAAGAUUUUUCGCACUCUUAGAAAUCGUCAGGGAGAAGAACAUGAUCAACUACAACCGAGCCAACCAAGUGUACUCAACAUGGCGCGAUACAGAAAAGCAGUGCACAGUGCACUGUGGAUACAGUCAGUAUUAGUUGUCUGUUAUACACCAUACCUUGUUGUGGGAAUUGUAGUCACUUAUACUACAACAUAUUCAUCACACUUCGGCGUCGUAUUGGCAAUAGCAACUAUCUUAGUUCACUUUAACUCGACGUUAAACCCGUUCCUAUACUGCUGGAAGAUUAGUGAAGUGAGACGAGCAAUGAAGCAGACAAUCCGACAAGCACUUUGCUGUCCAUGGAGUUAGACCAUCCUCCAGUUAUACAUAAUAAUAUAAGUACUUUUAGUGCAAAGCUGACCGAUAGAGAACGCUUGCCACUUAAAUUUUUCGAAGAUUAAACGUAAGACUCCGUCUUCUCUGCUCAGCCAAAGGCGAAUUUUUACCUGAGAAGACGGAGUUUAAAAUAAUUGUGAAAUACUAAUAGUAUCAAAGAUGUCUGUCUGUACGUUUGACUCUUAAAGCUCAUUUGUUCCUAUUUUGGUCACUUUUCCUUAUGAACUUUCAUCGAUAGGGAGCUAAUCAAGUGUCCAUAUCAGCUGUGUGAAAUUAGGACUUCAAUCAUUAUCAGCCUCGACAAACUGAAAUUACGAAGAUCAAGCUGGAAACUUUAAAUGAUGUAAGAAAAAAUUGGAUUCGUGACAUCUUCUUAUGCAACAAACUAUUAAAAUGUAAAUUAAUUCAAAUAUUAAAGAGAAACUUGAAUCUGAGGGAUUGUUUAUCGUAUUUUAGUUAAAAAACUGAAAUUACAGAUGUCUCUAUUUUUUCCUUUUAUUGCUAUUUCAUCCGUGAGGCACCCUACGGGUUCCAACGGUCGAUCAGCUAAAAAAAAAGGAUUAUUUUUCGCCUUGUGGAAAAACGAUAUCACAGAUGUCACUCUGUUUGCCUCUUGCAGCUAUUUCAUACAAGAGGCUCGUCAGAGGCGCAGGAAAAAAGAAAUCAACUUUUUGGCACAGCACACAAUUUGCUUACGCACUUUGAAUGAGCAAACGCUGAUGAGGAAGUCUUUAUGUGUUUAUUGAAGGAAGUUUCAGUCAUCGUCGCUCGGCGUGUUCUGUUUAAACGAAUUAUUUUUCGUUGCCAGUUGCCUCAGAACAAGAAAAAGGAAACGAAUACAGAACAAUGUCGACUACAAAGUUCACUGGCGGUAGAACACAGACGAAAACAUUUGAAGAACUGUUAUGCACCCCAUCUUUUGGAGGUGGAUUACAUGAGAUAUUUACUUUUUUUCUCAGCAGUGCACAUUCUCCUCUCCAUCACAGCAUUCCUUACGAAUUCUCUCAUCCUUGUUGCCCUUCAAAAAGAAUCUUCCUUGCAUCCGCCGUCCAAACUCUUGUACCGUUCUCUGGCAACAACUGAUUUGUUGGUUGGUCUUGUUGCCCAGCCUCUCUAUGCUACUUAUUGGAUGUCCUUGGUUCAGGAACACUGGAGCCAUUGUCGAUAUGCAUUUGACGCAGCCUACAUCACGGGCUCUGCAUCGUUUUUAGCGUCUUUGAUGACGAUGGCGGCCAUAGGCAUGGACAGACUUCUCGCCCUGUUGUCGGGACGGAGGUACAAACAAAUUGUAACUUUGAGGCGCACAUAUAUCAUUGUAGCUACCAUCUGGAUUCGAUCUCUUGUCUCUUCUUUUUGCGCUUUU